UAUUACUAUAGUAUAUAAACAUGUCUACCGUUAAGGACAUUAUCGGAGUCAGAUCUUUUGUCAUGAUAACAGGUGCUAGCCGUGGGUUUGGUCGAGCUGUAGCUCUGGAGCUUGGAAAGGUAGUCGGAGCAGGUUCUACUCUUCUCCUGGUCUCCAGGAAUAGGGCAGACCUGGAGACAACCAAGGAGAUAGUCCGAGACGCCCGUCCAGGAUUGGCGGUUGAACUGGAGUCGAUUGAUCUGGCGACCGCCGACAAGACCACGUUCACCAAUGUGGUUCGAGCCAACUAUGGGAGCGCGGAUCACGAAGUCGCUAUCGUUAUCCACAACGCUGGAACUCUGGGUCAAGAUGGUAGAAAGAUAACGGAUCUAACAGAUAUAUCUGAGAUGUCUGUAUAUUACCAGCUGAAUCUCUUCCAUGUAAUCUGUCUAAACUCUGUGUUUAAAUCCUGCUUCACACGCUCCAAGAUGGUUUACAUCAAUAUCUCGAGUAUACUCGCCCUCCAGCCCCUCACCACCUGGGGGAACUACUGCGGGGGCAAGGCAGCAAGGGAUGCAGUAUUCCGGGUGCUGGCAGUUGAGGAACCUGACUCCCAGGUUCUCAACUAUGCUCCAGGUCCCCUGGAUACACCAAUGAUAGAGGAACUACUAGCGGAUGAGAAGACGGAUCCAGUUGUGAGAACGAUGUUUGAAGAUCUGAAGAGGAACGGAUCAUUGCUUCGACCUGCCGACUCCGCUGCAGUUCUCAUAGCUCUGCUUAGAAAACAAAAUUUCAAAUCCGGCGAUCAUGUUGAUUAUUACGACAACAUCGCUAAAGAUGCCGGAGGAAGCACCCAGUAAACGUAAUCAUUCCACAAAUUUGCUUUAGCUUCUCCUGUAACCAUAAUAGUGAAUGAGAUCAGCGUACUGCAUUUAGUUAUUUACCUUUAAAAAUAAUGUCUGGCUCUUAAAAUAAAUUUAACAUGUUAAA